AUGGCAAACAGGAGAGAGCAAAGGAUUGAUUUAGGAGGCUCAGGAUGUCAUGGUGAGCCUGUCUUCAAUAUAUUCACUGAUUAUCUCCAACCAGAAAGUUGUACUACCGCCGCGCAGGUAGCCACUAGGAUUUCACUCCUUGCGCCUCCCACGAAUGACGGCAACAAAUUAUGGGAAUUCUUAGAUUACCUCUGGUCGAGCAUCUGCAAAUUUGCGGAACAGAUACCGCACGAUAAUAUAGCUCAGGACAAGUUGGUAGAUGCCAUCCUGGAACUUAUGUUGCUACCUGAUACUGGAAUUGACAUCUGGUGUAUGCAUAUGUGGGAAGAUCUUCCCCUCCUAUAUGCCGCUUUUAGCGAACAUAUAAACCUUUUUAAAUAUUCCGACUUUGAGAACAUACAGCUGGAAUUAGACAAGGAAUGGAUACGGUUUUAUGCCUUCGGUGCCAGACUGACAGCUGCCGAUGUGUUUAGUCAUACUCUGCCAAUAGCGAUGGUGAGCAAGGCAUUAGAAGGCAGAAAGAAACCGUGCAGCAGUAGAAAGCUAAAUAGAGAUUUGUCAACAGCGGCCGUGUGUAUUGACUACGCCGGCCUGGUUCUAGUGGAAGAAUUAGCUUCUAAUCCACACCCGGUACCUGACGAUGAUAAUGAAAUCGAAGGAGGCCCACUAUUUAAGGGUAAGCCCGGGUUGACGCUGGAAAGGUGGCUAUUUUGGGAGAAGAGAUUCCCUGAGGAGGCAGAAAAAGCGACGACCAGCGAAGCGAAAGAGCUUGCUCUGCGUGCCGCGAGGUCGAUGAAAAUAUGGCGUGAAACAAGGCUGGAGGGAAUUUAG